AUGGAACAAAAUAAUGGCACUGAAGUGACUGAAUUCAUUCUCCUGGGAUUUGCUGGUCAACACAAGCACUGGCAUAUCCUCUUUAUAGUAUUUCUAGUGGUCUAUGUGGCUACCCUAGUGGGUAAUAUUGGAAUAAUGCUACUCAUCAGGAUUGAUUCAUCCCUUCACACCCCCAUGUACUUCUUCCUCCAACACUUGGCAUUUGUUGAUCUCUGUUACACCUCUGCUAUCACUCCCAAGAUGUUGAAAAACUUCAUAGGGGCAAAACAAUCCAUCUCAUUCAUAGGAUGUAUGGUGCAAUUACUAGUCUAUGGUGCUUUUGCAACAACUGACUGCUACCUCCUGGCUGCUAUGGCAGUAGACCGUUAUGUGGCCAUCUGUAACCCACUCCGCUAUCCAGUUGUCAUGUCCCAGAGACUCUGCAUUCAGCUGUUAGUUGGUUCAUAUGUCACUGGUUUCCUAAAUGCCUCUGUAAACACAAGUUUUACUUUCUCUUUGAACUUUUGCAAAUCCAAUGCAAUUAAUCACUUUUUCUGUGAUGAACCUCCAAUUCUUGCCCUAUCAUGCUCCAGUGUCAACUUCAACAUUAUGCUACUCACAGUAUUUGUAGGAUGGAACUUGAUGUGCACUAUAAUGGUGGUCAUCUGUUCCUACAUAUAUAUCCUGGCUGCCAUCCUGAGGAUAUCUUCUGCUGCGGGGAGGAAAAAAGCUUUCUCCACGUGUGCCUCCCACCUCACAGCAGUCACCAUUUUCUAUGGGACUCUGUCUUACAUGUAUGUACACCCUCAUACUGAUGAAUCUCAAGAGCAAGAAAAAGUGGCUUCUGUGUUUUAUGGCAUUAUUAUCCCCAUGUUAAACCCCUUGAUCUAUAGUCUGAGAAACCAAGAUGUGAUUGAAGCCCUGAAAAGGGUAAGAAACAAGUGUUUCUAUUAA